AUGGAUUUCUUGUCAGCAUGCUUUAGGUUUUGGUGCACGAAAGAUCCCGCACCCAAAACAGACCAGUCGGCCCGAACGCCGGAAGUGAGCUCCCCAAAAGCCUCCUCGCCCGGGCCGCCGCCACUAACACAGAGUCAACAGGACGAGCAAAUGGCCGAGGACACGAUGAACAACUUGACCGUUCGAUCAAUACAGCAAAUGGUCAAGCAGCGGGGCGACAUUUAUGGCGGGGAUUUUGGACGCGUCCGAAUCACAAAGGCCCAGCUGGACGGCGAGAAGAGC